AUGCCUCUUCCAGCUCUCACCGUCGACCGCGACGAAAGGAUGGUCAAGUGGACGCACGAGCUCCUACGUCCCGGCGCGUGCCCGCACCCCGACUAUGCCGACUUUGACGUCUUUGGGUGCACCACCAGCAUGUUGGCAGCAGACGAGCCAUGCGGGCUAUCCGCGAUUGUCCAGCGCAUGUCAAACAAGGACAUCAACAGCCUCAUCGUCAAGACAACAAAGACACCACAAUGCAAGAUGACACACGAGUACGCCGAGGAAAGCGACAAGGAGUUUGAGGCGACCAUGGAGGCGCUCAACCUGCUCUACGACGAGCUCCGCAAGCGGCCAGCUCACGCUGCCGACCUCCCCCUCGUUGACAUGCACCGCGGCGCUGCUCACCACGACGAGGGCAGCACACAACACUUUGGCGCGGAUCACCCACACGACGAUGCGCCGCAGACUCCUCUGCCGGGGCGUCUGCAACCAUCGGCCACUUUACCUCCCCACCCUGCUCAGGCGACUGCAGGACCUGCUCCCCCACUCGCAGCACCACGGAGCAAAGCACGCGUACGGUUCUGCAUGCCCGCUGGCCUCUCGCUGGCCGAGCUCGACUAG